CCCCCCCUCCACGACGCCUGCCCUCACCGACACCCUCAAACAUCACCGCCCGCUACACACGCAGAUAGCUCAGAACUAUCUUGUUUCACAGCCCAACCGCCGAUACUUAUAAACAUCUCGUGCACCGCGACUGUACUCCCGCAACCCCCACCCAUUGCCCGACCUCGCCGACACCAUUUCAGGUCCAACCCGUUCUUCCAUCGUGGCCGCGAGACUCCCAGCAGCAUGACGCAACACGCAACUGUCCUUCAUUCGCCGCCUCACCACUCCGAGCGGCCCAAAGGUAUACUCAAGAAUUCCAGCACCUACCGGUCUAACACUGUCACGUCGCCAACCGGUGAGACGUUCGCCCAACGACCGGACCUGAACCGCGACAAGUCGGAGAAGGAGAUUGUCCUCGAAAACACGCUCAAGAACGCAGGCCUUCACCGCCGUUCGUCGUCCAAUCCCCGCGGUGUCAACUCUCGCCGCCAGUCGGGCACCAAUGUACAUGCCGACGACAGCAGCCCUCGACUGAAAUGGGACGAGGCUAAUCUAUACCUCACCGAGCAACAGCGGGACAGCACCAUGAAGAUCACAGAACCCAAGACCCCGUACGCGAAACAAUACGACCCGGCCGAAGAUGAAGCCGAAAUGGAAAUGCUGGAUGCAGAGAACAUCCAGGUCGACGAGCUGGAUCACAAGAAGCCGGCCAGGAAGCCGCGCAUUGACGAUAUUCCCGACUUCGACCUGGGCGAACCCGAACUCGAAGCUAAACCCCAUCACUCGCCAGAGAGUGAGAAGCGGGUCAUUGUCGACGAGCAUGCCGCUGGCGAGGAAGAUGUUGGACACCAUGGCGAAGAAUGGGCAAACAUGACGCCUGAAGAGCAGGAAAAGCAUCGCAAGUUCGAGGAAAUGCGGAGGAAGCACUAUGAGAUGAAAAAUGUCAAGAAUCUGUUAGGGCAUCCUGAGAACCUAGAUGACGAGGAUGACGACUCGCAGGAAGUGCCUCCUAUGCCAAACGGCCAAUAAGUCGACCUUCGGAGGGAUAUCAAUCUCUUUCUUUUCCUUCGAGCUCCAAGUCAAUUACCAAUCGAGCGGAGCCUGGCGUUGUAUGGAGGCUAUAAUGUCUGGUUGUUCACUAGUCGGUGCAGCUAGUCAUUCCAAGGCCGCUCCUCGUGAUUUUGCUGUUUUGUUGGGGUGCAUUCGGUGGAAGAUACUUGGUGCAUCAAACCGGCGUCAAUAUCGAAUAAUCCAUUUUUAACAAAUGUAUAACCUUAGCUCCUAUU